GGGUCCAUUUCCAUAAGUCAAAUGAGGGUGGGGGGGGAGGCGGCGGCGGCGAGGCGAAAUUAUCUUCCCCUCGGCCCCUUCACGGCCGGCUCUGCGCUCUGGGCGAUCGCCGCGGGGAGAGAAAUCAAUAAGCCCAGGCCGCCUGGCGCAACUUUCGGUGUCGGGCGUCGGGGUGCCAGCCGAGAAGCAGGGCCGGCGCGGGGCCGGGGUCGACUCUGUGGCGGGAGGGGGCGCGCGCCGGGAGCCUCUGGAGCCUGAAGUUGGGACUUGGAGCAAACUUUUUCCCUUCGCUCUCCGCGAGUGUGUGCCCCUCGGUGCCCCUGGAUUGUAAUGACGGGAUGCCCGCACCCUGGGCCCCGCGCCUCGGGACAUCCCCGGUGCCACACGCGUCUGGCCCCGAACUUAACGGCGGGGACACUCCGCCGCCGCCCCCCGGAGCACCGAAAACUCGGACACACACUCGCGCACCCCGAGCUAGACACGCACCCUCACGCGCACUCGACCGCAAGAACCCAGCCUUGCCGCGGACCGGCCCGCGACAGACGUGGCCAGCUCCGCGGGUGGGAGUGGGAACCGGGUGCGCUGCGGGGAGUCGCCGCGUCGGGUCUCCUCCCCUCCACCACAACACUUUCGGGGUUUACUCUCCUUUGAAGCUUGGGGUACCGGGGGUUUCCCAAGCCUGGAUCUGUCCUGAGACGGGCGGGAGCCGCCGCGUCCUUCUGGCCCUGUCCCGGCGGCCGAUGGCUCUCCAUCCCUCGGCAGCACGCCGCCUUCCUCCCGAGCUCCCCGCGCUCCAUCCCCAUCCCGCAGAGGACUCAGCUGAGCCGGCAGCCCGGACUGCGUGCGCUUCGGGUGGGGACGGCGGCGGCGGCGGCGGCGCCGGGAGCAGAGUUUGCCAGUUGCCUCGGGGUCGCGGUCAUUCGCUGCCUCCGCCUCCCCUCGCCCCCGCCUCCCGCCCCCCUCCUCUCCAGAUACCGCCGCUCGGAAACUUUGAUUCCUUCUCCUUUUUUGCCCUCGGCGAGUCCCCCUCCCCACCUGUUGUGAGCUCCGCCUUGGUCCCCGGAGACUGGCGGUGACACAGGCGGGCGCCGGGGAGCUCCGCGCCCAGAAACAAAGUCGCAUGCCCCCUCCCCAGUGUUUGCUUCGAAAUCGCAGCCUGCAGCCCCCCCCUUUCCCGCGCAGCUCCCGCCCCUAACCCGAAAGUUUGCAAGAGGAAGAGCGCGCGCGGCGAGCAAGCGGGCAAGGGGCAGCGGCAGCGGCGCCGGGGACCAUGGUGCUGCCGGCGCCUCCUCCGCGGGCGUGAAGGCGGCGCUCCCACUCCCUCCCC